ACUUCAUCAUCAUCGUCAUCCACAUUUUCUGAGAACCAUCGAACGAUUAUCUGCCUCACACAAACAAAGACGAAGGAAGAAGAACACCAUAGCAGCUGCAACGACGUCGUUCUCUGCAACAUCUAGUUUCUUCGCUUCCCUGGAUACUGCUCUUGUUCUUGAUGAAUAUGACACCAGUUUGCCCAUUUGUCAAAGCUGCUCGCCCUGAUGAUAACAAUGCUUCCAAAAAAUCGGGUGAAAACUCUAUGAAACAUCAGGUUGAGUCUGAUAGUAAGGUGAAGAAAGAGGCUAAUGACUCAGCUAGUGCGUCACCAAAGUGCCCUUUUGGAUAUGAUUCACAAUCGUUUAAGAUUGGUCCUCUUAGCUGUACAGUGUGCCAGGCUCUUUUAUUUGAAACCAGCAAAUGUGUGCCUUGUUCUCAUGUUUUCUGCAAAUCAUGCAUAUCCCGCUUUAAGGACUGUCCAUUAUGUGGGGCUGACAUUGUGAAGAUUGAGCCUGAUGCUGAUCUUCAAGGUGUAGUUGAUCGCUUUAUUGAAGGUCAUGCUAGGAUCAAAAGGUCUGUUAGUUCAGACAAAGGAGAAGAAGCUACAGAGAGUAAACAGGUCAUAUACGAGGAUGUUUCUUUGGAAAGAGGUUCUUUCUUAGUGCAACAAGCCAUGAGGGCAUUCCGUGCUCAGAACUUAGAAAGUGCCAAAUCAAGACUCAACCUCUGUGCUGAAGACAUUCGUGAUCAAUUAGAAAAAGUUGGUAACACUUCAGAGUUAUGUUCCCAGCUUGGAGCAGUCUUGGGUAUGCUUGGUGACUGCUGCCGAGCAAUGGGUGAUGCCAGUUCUGCAGUUUCUUAUUUUGAAGAAAGUGUUCAAUUUCUGUCCAAGUUGCCAAAAGAUGAUAUGGAGAUUACACAUACACUUUCUGUUUCACUUAACAAAAUUGGAGAUCUUAAAUAUUAUGAUGGAGAUCUUCAAGCUGCAAGAUCUUACUAUUUUAAAUCUUUGGAUGUUCGCCGGGAUGUUGUCAACCAGAAUUCUAAAGUUCCAUCCCAGGUUCUAGAUGUUGCUGUUUCUCUUGCAAAAGUUGCGGAUGUGGACAGAAAUCUUGGGGAGGAAAAGUUAGCUACUGAUGGGUUUCAAGAAGCCAUAGACUUACUGGAAUCACUAACGUUGAAAUCUGAAGCUAGUGGGCUUGAACAACGGCGGCAAUCAGUUCUAGACUUCCUUAGAGGCCAACUUCCAGAUAAACAAGAACAAGCUGAGGCAACAGUCUGAGAUUGAUGGUCCACAUGAAGAAAGGCAACAUGAAUUCAGAUGCAAAUAAAUGUUUCUGUAUGCCACGGGACAAGUUUGUAAAAUAGGCUCAGCUUAACAAAGGCAUUACAAUUGGAGGAAGAGGAGAUCUCAGAGUAAUGAAUAUUUUAGUCAUUUCUGACACUGCAGUACCUUCCUAUACCAAAGAUUAUGCAGCGAUUCUGUCUGUGCUUUCUUAUGCACCACUCUUAUUUUUUGUUUCCACCUCCUUCCUUGCUUAUAUCUUGGUGCAUUGUAACAGUAGUACUGGGGUGUUCCUUGCAUCAUUGUAACUAAGUAUAUAAUAAACUGGAAACGAAGAAACAUGUGCUAUAGGUUGUGCAUUUUGAGUUAGAACUUGAUGAAUACAUUCCAUACUGUGAAAAGUGAAAUUUAUAGAAUAUUUUUCAUUACCAUAUUUCUU